AAAAUAACAAAGAGAGAAAAAGGAAUCAAUUAUACUGAAAGCAGGCAAGAGAAAGGGCUAAGCCAGCGAGAUCGCUUUUCAAAUCUCUCGUUGCUUUGCUAAAUCAAUGGCCGGUUAUCCGCAGGCGUAUCUGGAGGGCAAAGAGGUGAAGGAGACAAGUUCGUUAGUAACUGAGCUGUGCCGUCACUUCUACACACAAGGUUGGGUAUCAGGAACAGGAGGUAGCAUCACCAUCAAGGUUCACGAUGCUUCUAUCCCCAAACCCCACCAACUCAUCGUCAUGUCUCCUUCAGGUGUUCAAAAGGAGAGGAUGCAACCUGAGGAUAUGUACAUCAUAUCUCCUAAUGGUUCCAUCUUAUCUGCACCUUCUCCUAAGCCUUACCCUAAUAAGCUCCCCAAGUGUACUGAUUGUGCUCCUCUUUUCAUGAAGGCAUAUGAGAUGCGAAAUGCUGGAGCUGUUAUUCAUAGCCAUGGCAUGGAAUCUUGUCUUGUCACAAUGCUUAAUCCACAUGCCAAAGAAUUUCGUAUAACUCACAUGGAGAUGAUCAAAGGGAUUCAAGGUCACGGAUACUAUGACGAGCUCGUUGUCCCAAUCAUAGAGAACACUGCUUAUGAGAAUGAGCUCACUGAUUCUCUCACUAAAGCUAUGGAAGCCUAUCCAAAAGCAACGGCAGUGUUGGUACGCAAUCACGGAGUUUACAUUUGGGGUGAUUCCUGGAUCCAUGCUAAGACUCAGGCUGAAUGUUACCAUUAUCUGUUCGAUGCUGCCAUCAAGCUUCAUCAACUGGGUCUGGAUGCUGCUACUCCAGAACAUGGGCCUAUCCAAAGAGCCAUACACUCACAGAAUCAAUUAUCUGUGAAAUCCGGAGUCAAGGAUUCACAAAGCCAAACAGAAUAUCCUUGGCGAUGCAUUGUCCUGGACAUUGAAGGGACAACAACCCCCAUAACAUUCGUCACCGAUGUUCUCUUUCCCUAUGCUCGUGAAAACGUUGGGAAGCAUUUGAAUUUGACGUACGACACAGCAGAAACCCAAGAGGAUGUCAAGUUGUUGCGGUCUCAGGUUGAGGAAGACUUGAGACAAGGUGUAACCGGUGGUGCUGUUCCUGUACCUCAUGCUGAUGAAGGAAAAGAGAAGGUCAUUGCAGCUGUGGUCUUUAACGUAGAGGCAAUGAUAAAAGCCGAUAGAAAGAUCACUGCUUUAAAGGAAUUGCAAGGUCACAUAUGGCGAACGGGUUUCGAGUGUAAUGAACUGAAGUCUGUAGUUUUCGAAGAUGUAGCAGACGCUUUAGAGAAAUGGCAUACGUCAGGAACUAAGGUUUACAUAUAUUCCAGUGGUAGUAGAUUAGCGCAAAGGCUUCUCUUUGGGAACACAAGCUAUGGAGAUCUGAGGAAGUAUUUAUCUGGCUUUUUCGACACUACAAUCGGAAACAAGAAAGAAAGCAGGAGUUACAAGGAGAUUACAGAAACAUUGGGAGUGGAUGAUCCUUCUGAUAUUCUUUUUGUGACUGAUGUUUACCAAGAAGCUACUGCUGCAAAAGCCGCAGGUUUGGAUGCGAUUAUAUCUAUUAGACCUGGAAACGCUUCCCUACCAGAGAAUCACGGGUUCAAGACUGUCACAUCAUUCUCCCAAAUCUAGAGAUUCCUCUAUGUGUUUUUUCCUAUUGGUGUUGUACUUGAAUAUGAUCACAGUUACCAAAUAAAUGGACUUUGAUAAUAAAUUUAUAUGUAGAGCUCGACGAAGCUCGACUCUGAUUUAUCAGUGAAUUCAGUAAAGUUUGGUUCAUGCA